AUGAAAUACGUGGUGGUAUCUGGAGGUGUGAUAUCGGGGGUGGGCAAGGGCAUAAUAGCAUCAAGUGCUGGUCUGCUUCUACAGAGCAAAGGACUCGUCGUCAGCAGCAUCAAAAUCGAUUCCUACAUUAAUAUCGAUGCGGGCACUAUGAGCCCUCUCGAACAUGGAGAAGUCUACGUUGCAGAUGAUGGUGGGGAGAUGGACCUUGAUCUCGGCAAUUACGAGCGUUAUCUUUUGACAACCCUUGGUCGCGACCACAACCUUACAACUGGAAAGAUUUACCAGCAAGUCAUCGAUGCGGAGAGAGUCGGACACUAUCUUGGCAAAACCGUUCAGGUCGUCCCCCAUGUUACUGAUGCAAUCCAAGCAUGGAUUGAGAGAGUGGCUAGAGUCCCCGUUGACGAGUCAGGUGCUGAACCUGAUGUGUGUACCAUCGAGCUUGGUGGUACUGUAGGUGAUAUCGAGAGCUCUCCAUUCAUCUAUGCUCUGGCUCAACUUCGCAAGAGAGCUGGCAAAGGGAACUUUGUUCAGAUACAUGUUUCAUUCGUCCCUAUCGUGCCGCCGGGAGCCUCUGGUGAGCAGAAGACCAAGCCAACCCAGAGAUCUACGGGGGAUGUUCGAAGGGCUGGUCUGAAUCCAGAUUUGAUUGCCUGCCGCUGCGCAGUACCACUAGAUCCAGCCACUACUGAAAAAAUUGCAUCCAUGUGCUCUGUGGAGCCAGAGCAGGUCUUCGGAGUACACGACGUAUCAUCAACAUACCACGUGCCGAUACUUCUGGAAAGACAGAACUUCCUCUAUGCCAUCAGCAAAUACCUCGAUAUUCCCUCUUCACUACCUCGCACACCUACCCAACGCAUAGCAGACGGCAGUCAUAUGUGGAAAGACUGGGUGGAUCUCAUCCAAAGCCAAGAAGCAAUCCAAGAUACGCUUUCGAUUCCGAUUGCCCUUGUUGGCAAAUACGUCUCUCACAAAGACGCAUAUUUGAGUAUCUCGAAGUCGCUUGAGCACGCCGCUAUGUAUUGCCACAAGAGAGUCGAAAUCAUAUGGAUUAACGCGUCAGACCUUGAUCCGGAAUCCUACAUAGACUCGCCAGCUAAGUACCACAAAGCAUGGCACGACUUGUGUUCUGCGAGGGGUGUUCUCGUGCCCGGUGGUUUUGGAGUUCGCGCUACGACGGGGAUGAUCAAGGCUAUUAACUGGGCGAGGAUCAACAACAAGCCAUUCUUGGGUGUUUGUCUUGGUAUGCAGCUUGCAAUCAUAGAGUAUUCCCAAUCGAUUGGGAUUGAGGACCCGGGGAGUGAAGAACCUCACCCGCUGGCGAAGAACAAUGUUAUUGUCUACAUGCCUGAAACUGACAAAGACAAACUCGGUGGUACUAUGCGCUUGGGAAAGCACCCAUGCAUUUUCCAAAAGGACACCGAGUGGUCAAAAGUACGGGCAUUGUAUGGACCUGUCUCGCGGAUUGAAGAGCGUCACCGCCACCGCUACGAGGUCAAUCCGGAUAUGGUUGACAGGCUCGAGGAAGCUGGCCUUUCCUUCGUCGCUAAAGACGAAACGGGAAAGCGUAUGGAGAUUGUCGAGCUACGCAAUCACCCCUGGUUUGUGGGUGUGCAGUUUCACCCUGAAUAUCUGAGUCGUGUCCUGCGGCCAAGCAAGGUUUUCCUUGGAUUUUUUGCUGCUGCAACUGGAACUAGGUGCUUAGAGAAAGUGACUGAGGCGCUGGAACAGGGAUGCCGAAGCCUGGAAAGAAUUGAUUCUAUCUGA